UAAUACGCAGGGUCACAGACUCAAAGCUGGAGAGCGCGGCACCUUACGGCGCGCACUAGCUUCGUUGAGGACGGUGCUAUGACAACAGGGAGGGGUUGAUGAAGAGUCGGAGGAACUCGGCCGAGGUGACAUGUGAACGGCGUCGCUCCUUUUCUGGAAACUUGUAAGCAGGAGUGAAAGCGAAGGGUGCCCCAAGCAGUCCUCCGCGCCUGGGUCGUCCAGACGCAGAGCAGUUGGCUGACAAUUCGCCAGACAGGUACUGGAGUAUAAGUCGUUUCUGGGUUUGUGAUGAGUUACUCUGCGCUGGGCGCUCUGUUGCCUUCGCCAGGACCCCUUAAAGACGCACCGACCAUCUAGCAGGUGUUCAUCGGACACCACAUCUCAGAGUAGAGCCCAUCUGGAGCGGUUCCUCAGUAGGCAGAUAUGUCUCUCUUUAAAGCACGGGAGUGGUGGUCUGCCACAUUGGGACAUGAUGAGGAGUUUGACCAGGGAUGCCUGUGCAUUGCUGACAUUGACAACAGUGGGAAAGGACAAGACAAGAUCAUAGUGGGAAGCUACAAGGGAUUUCUGCGAAUUUUCUCUCCUCGUCCUUCCAAGCCUGGAGAGUCUAUGGUGCCGCAAGAUCAGAUGCUUGAAGUGCAAUUGAAAGAUUCCAUCAUCCAAAUAGAAGUGGGAAAAUAUGUCUCAGGUACAGAGUUGCUUCAUCUGGCUGCAUUACACCCCAGAAAACUAACAGUUUUUUCUGUGUCUGGCAUUGCUGGCACAGUGGAACAUGGGAAUCAGUACCAGUUAAGACUGGUUUAUGAACACAACCUGCAGAGGACAGCUUGCAACAUGGUCAGUGGCCCAUUUGGAGGGGUCAAAGGCCGUGACUUCAUCUGUAUUCAGUCAAUGGAUGGCAUAUUGAUGUUCUUUGAGCAGGAGAGCUUUUCCUUCAGUAGGUUCUUGCCUGGUUUCCUCCUGCCGGGUCCUUUGUCUUAUAAUCCUCGCACAGAUGCCUUCAUUACUGUCUCUUCUCUUCGACAAGUUGAAAACUACAAGUAUCAGACUCUUGCUGUUGCCACAGAUGUUGAUUGUAGAGCUGAAUCUGAGCAACAGAAGCUGGGAUCUGGAAAGAGACUGACUGCUGACUGGACUUUGAUGAUUGGCGAACAAGCAAUGGACAUUUGCAUCCUGUCUUCUGCACAGGCUGCUUCCUUUGUGUUUGUGCUAGGGGAAAGAAAUUUCUUCUGCAUCAAAGCAAAUGGGCAGAUGCGCUUCAUGAAGAAGCUGGAGUACAACCCAAGUUGCUUCUUGCCAUACGCAUCAGUGAUUGAAGGAACUAUCAACAGCCUUGUUGGAAACCACAAUAAUAUGUUGCUGGUGUACCAGGAUGUGACACUGAGAUGGGCUGCCCAGCUUCCCCAUGUUCCUGUUGCACUUAGGGUUGCAAACUUCCAAGACUUAAAGGGCGUGAUUGUAACACUGAGCAGCACUGGGGAUUUGCAGUGUUCCUACCUUGGAACUGAUCCUGCACUCUUUCAAGCUCCCCGUGUUGAGGCAAGAGACAUCAACUAUGAGGAGUUGGAUGUUGAAAUGAAAGAACUGCAGCAGAUCAUCCGAGAAAUGGCAAAAACACAAGAUGUCUUGCCCAAGAUAACAAAGGAUGAAGAUUUGUCAGUAACUGCCAUCACCUCCCCAAACCUGGAUACAGAAUUGGCUGCCUACAGUAAAAUAGGGAGUGAAAAGUCACCCUCUAUCACAGUAAAGGUGCAGCUGAAGAGCAGAGUGGCUGUGCUUAACCUUAAGUUGUCUGUCUGUGUGCUACCUCCCCUGGCAGCAUCCCCAGAACAGGUUGUUUUAGACUCACUAGGUCCAGGGUCUUCAUCUGCUGUGACAUUUCAUGUCUUCCUGGCAGGGAGCUUAUCACCAGCUGAACUGGGAGGAGAUGUGGCCGUGUCAUACACUACAGCAACAGAGCUUAAUCCUUAUGGUGUUCCUCGAGUGGCACAAUGCAAAUUUAUUCUACCGUUAAAGCUUGUUUGUUCCCCAACACCUCCAUCAAAGAGUGUCCCAUGCAGAAUAACUAUAGACACCAAUAAGCCUCCUGUCAGUCUCCAAGAUAUCUUCCCAGAUUUUGUGGAGAAGACUGAAGAGGAGCAAGUUCAUGCCAUUGGAUUCCAGCUAGUGUCUGGUUCCAGAGUUACAGUAUUGGCAUCCAAAACAUCUCAGAGGUACAGGAUUCAGGGUGAGGUUUUUGAAGACCUGUGGCUCAUUACUAAGGAGCUUGUUGAGCGCUUUGAAAAGCACUUUGCCAAUCAAGGAGCCAAAGACUUCCAAUGUAGCUUUACUGGACCCAUCCCACUGGCUGAAUACUUUGAGAUCAUCGAUCGUCACUUUGAGCUUCGCCUCAAUGCUGAAAAGUAUCAGAACCUCCUUGCAGAAAGAGCUGUUCAGUUCCGAGCCAUCCAGCGGAGGCUGCUUACACGAUUCAAGGACAAGACACCUGCCCCACUGCAGAAUCUGGACACACUGAUGGACGCCACCUAUAGGCAGGUCAUUGUCCUGGGAGAUGCUGCUGAAGAGAAUGAGAGUGCUCUGUGCCAGGCGUUCACAAGGUUGAAAUCUGCUACCCAUCUCUUCCUUCUGCUGCUUAGGCUGUGGCAGAGUCUGAACAAAGAGCAAACGGAUAUCUUGGAAGCCACAUUCCUGCCACUGUUACAGGACACUUCUCAACUGGGCUGGGAGGAGUGUGUGGAUGCAGCUGUCACUCACCAUUUGAGAACUUGCCUCUCGAGAAGUCCUAAAGAGCAGGCUCUGAACCUUACCAGUCAGUUAGCACUGCCAAGGGACACUGUGCGUCUCAGGAAGCACAUCAGUCUCCUUUGUGAUAGGAUGGCCAAGGGAGGGCGGCUAUGCCUGUCAGCAGAAGGCAGUGCACCAAUUCCAGUGAUCAUGCCAGCAGGUGGCUGUGAACCAAUCCCAGAGUCAGACCUGGAAGACAGUGCUGGAGAACUAGAAAGCCUUGCUGAAAUCAGCAGCCAACGGCAUCAUAGCAGGAUGGCAGACAAGCCUGACUGAAGGCCAUUACAUCCCCUGCUGAUAGAGCUCGAGCCUCACUCAAAGCAUCUCCAUGUCACGUUUUUAGAACCUGGACCAUUCUGCGCCAAAGCCUUUUUAACCACAGCUUAAUGUCUGCAUACUUUUGCUAAUAAAAUGUUCAAUUCUG